UUUUUGCCCAAAACCGUCAACGAUGCGUGCGACCCGGGCGGCCAUCGUUGCGACAGCGCACAAGUCGACCGAGUCGGCGCCGUUCCAGCUCCUGCUUGACUGCUACGCGUCUGCCAAGGGCACAGACAACAAUGUCAUCGAGCUCGAAGACCGGCUCCGUCAGCGCCCCGACGCGGCGUUGAACGACGUUAUUCAGGCGCUUUGUGACACGGAGGACCCGGCCAUUCGCCUCAAGCUCAGCGUACUCGGGCUCUCACUGACCCCGCUUGUCGAGAAAACCGACUUGGUCGUCGAGGUGGUCCACACGGUCGUGACGGACGUGUGGUCGCAGGUGCGCAAGGACGGCGGGCGCUACGUCGCCAAGCAUCUGGUGCCAGUGCUGCCGUUGGCGACGCUGGAGGCUGUUUUCAUCGACAUUUUGCGUCUCUGCAAGACCGAUGGCACCGAGUGGCGGUCACUGGACGGCGGCUUCUACCUCCUCGCCAUGCUGCUGAGCACGAUCAAACGCGUGGGAUCGGCAGGCUAUAUCCUAAGUGGGCACACGCUGGACCACCUGCCGUCGAUUCUGCUCACGGACCUCAAACCGGCGGUCUACAGCGCAAUGAAGAACGAACAACUUAGCGUCCGAGAGCACGCGACCGCCGCGAUGACCAACUACGUGGCCAUUUCGGAUCCGUUUACGCAGAUCGGCACCUUUCAAGAAGUCAUUAGCAAGCUCCACUUGCACUCGCCGCACGACGUCCUCCCAGCCGCGCACGCCGAAGGCCUCUUGGACGUCGCCGCGCAACUCGUGCCGCACGUUCCCAUCACGUUCCUCGCCAAGCACUGGCACGUGGUCUUUCCGACGUGUGAGAAGUACAUCAUGCACCUCGCGUCUACCGUCCGCCAAAAAUCGAGUCUGCUCGUGCGCGCCUUUGCCGAACUCAGCAUUUUGGCGCCAUCCGAGACGAGCUUGCGCUUAUUGCAGUCCAUCUUGACGUCGCUCGCGACACCGUGCUCGGUGCACCCGGACGCAGCGCAGCGCGAUUUCUUCUGGCAGCGCCUCGAAGGGCGCCUUAUGAGCUUGGAUGCGGUGCUCAGCCUUCUGGGCCACCACCAGCUCGCAACAUCCGUGACGGCGAUCGACGCUGUUGAAAGCAAAGCCUUCUUGGUACCGCCACCACUAAGCGAGCCGGCGCUGACCGUGUGGCGUCGCGUCAGUGCUGAUGCAGCGUACUAUACGUUUGCCCACGACAUGGCGCCGCUGGCGACGUGGCCCACGGAGGCUGCGGCCACCGGCAUCUCGGUGGUGCAGCAGCUGGUCGACGCCAAGCUCGUGCGCUUCUCAGAGCUGUGGCACGCCUACAUGGACAUGACAUUCGAGUGUUUUUGCUCGUCCCAGUUUGAGCUCAAACGCAUUGCGGCCCAGACACUGCCCGGCCUCGUGCGACUGAGCCUCUGGCUCGAGUCGCCCGAGCUUCUACUCUCAUGGCAAGCGCGCCAAGCAGCAACGACGACCGACGUUCGCUUUGUGUGUCUCGGGAUUCGCGCGCUCCUGCUGCACACGCGGUUUCUGCAAGAAGUGCAGCGCGCGGCGCCGACACCGACGCUGGCGGUGCUCACGGCCAUGGCACAGAGUACCACCGACACUAUGCUACCGCUCCUCUUGGCGAAUGACCCGCGGCUGCUGCAAGAAAAGACAGAUGUCCUUGCGCUGAUCGAAGCGUCGCUCGUCUAUUUGGUGCAAGCACCGAGCUUUGCCGAGCCGCUCUGCGCAUCGAUGCUAUCAUGCAUGGCGUCUCACUGCGCCUUGGCUCCUGCAUCCGUGGGCAAAGAUCCUAGCCUCGAUCGUUCGAUGAGCUCCACAGUGGUGCGCUUCCUUCCGUCGCUCGUGCAGGUCAUGUCGCCCGCCGUGCUGGCGUCGCAACUGCACCACCUCGUACUGGUCGUGAGCUCGUGGAUCGAGCCAAGCGACGACAGCCUGCGCUGGAUCAUUGUCGACAUGGGCGAAGCCUACGCGCUUUUGCUCGACACGCUUUUACUGCUUGCGGCGAGAAGCCGCGACGACUGGGACGAAGCGUCGCUCGAGCGCGCGGUCCAAGGGCCGCUGCGCUUGCUCGUCCACUGGAGCUGUCAUCCGUUGCAACGCGCCAAGAUACUGCAUCUGAUGGAGCUCCUCGCCCCCCGGCUUGGACCAUCUCGCCUUGCGCCGACGCUGAACGCACUUCUCGAGCCCCUCGGCAGCGCUGGAUCGAGUGCGGCCGCCAAGGACACAGCGUGGGACUCGUGGGACGACGACGCACCCAAGGCAGCGACCAGUGGACAAGACGCGAUUGAAAACGAGCGCGCGUUCUGGAAGCGCUUCCACGCAGCGCCGGUCGCUGAGACCAACGUUGCCGCAGUCGUCGCGCAAAUGUGCUCGGCCCAGGCGCAGGCGGCCCUCACGACGUGGCUUGCGUGAUCUUAUAUAUAUGCAUACGCUCGAUCUUAUAUUUUAUGGACUAAGAACGUUUCCCGUGUCCCGAG